AAUGGAAGAAGAAAAUAAUAAAAAAAGAAUGCGAAAUCUGCUUGCUCUUGAUCCAACACCACACCCGAACCGUUAUCCUUUGUGUCUUGCUUGAGAAUUGCGUGUUCUUGCCGGAUUCCAUUUGGUCACGGUUGGGACAUUUUGUGUUAAUUCCAGCGUCUUUUUGAAACCGAUCCAAAGUAACUAACAUUCUUCUGGUUUUUUUUUUAGUAUACGAUAUGGUUUAGUCACGUGGUUGACGGGUAUAUAUUCUCAGAGCAGACGGUCAUCAUCAUCACAAAAUCAGUCACUUCUCAUCCCAGCAACAGCAUAACUAAUAGUGUCUUGGAUUACUCAAUAAGGCUUUUGGAUAUGAUUAUUCGGAAUAAUGGGAUCAUACAAAUAUUUGUUACAAGUUGGGUGAUUCUUGUUGCCUUAUGCACCACGGAGGAAAUAAACAAACCAACGGACAACUCAACCCUACUCUCUAACACUACUGAAUUUAAUGCAACGUCAGAGGAUAUCAGCGUACUUGAAAACAUAACUGAUACUGAUUAUCCAUCAGUGAAUAAUUCAUUGACAGAAAAUGUUGAAGAUCUUGUUAAGUCUCACAGAAGAGCAGCAAGUAUUGACAGCGAGAGAACUAAAUCUUGGGUCAGAGUGUAUAACCGUCCUCCAGGUGCUAAAUCAGAUUCCUUCUUUAACUAUGGAACCAGAGGAAACACAAGUGCACACGCAACAGUCGAUGAAUGGAGUUCCAAAGGAGAUGAUGUCAAGAAUGCAAUCGACAGGAUAGAUAGCACGAAAGCUCAAGAUUUUCUCAGGGUGAAGCCUAAGUUGAAUGAGAAAACUCAAAACUUAAUCCCUAGAAUAAAAAAGCCAGUUGCAGUAUCAACCAGACCCUUCGUUUCUACAAAGCUAACCACGAAAUCUAUUCCGACGACCACAACAAAAGCAACAAGUCCAGAAAUCACGACGCCUACACCAAUAAAGAAUCAAACGUUUAACAAGCCGGGAUAUAUUGUGUGGUCAACAAAUGAUGGUGCCACUGCAGGUGGUUGGACAUUAGACGAUCCGAUAGAUGAAACAAACCAGAAGCCUCUUCCAGAAGAUACAAGUCGAUGGAAUGUUGUCGGGGAAGGUGGCGAUGAAGGGUGGCAAGUUCUUGAUGACAAAGGCGACGUGGAAUGGAAAAUAGAGUAUGAUGAUGGAGAGUGGAGAGUGACCAGUACAGGUGACAUCCCGGCUGAUGCUGAGUGGGUAGAUCCAGAAUAUUUCUGGGGUGCUUCAGGAGAAUCUCUGGCUGAAGAUGAUGAAUACAAUUCCUGGCCUGCCGAUGAUUACAACUAUGCUCCUUGGGUGGGAGCGACCGCUUUCUCAGUUGGCAAUGGAAAUUCUAGCGAAAAUAAGAAUGAUGAAAUUGCAGAAACAACAGCAAAAAGCAUAACCCAGUCAGUAAACGCAGAUAUAAAAGAAUCAAAAUUAAUAAAAGAUAAGCUUCCCACUUCACAAACACCUGCUCAGUUUGGCAUCAGAAAAAAGUUACCUCUUAGAAAGUUUUCGAAUGUUUCCAGUGUUCAAGAACGAACAGAUUCUCCGAUCACAGAUUUGGCAGAUGAUACAUCGAAAAAUGUAGUAGAAGAACCUCGAACAAAGGAAGUACAGUUGAGGGGGAAAUCAUGGGGACAAAAUGUUGCAUUUCCAAACGAUGCACCAAAGCGCAUUGAAGCAUAUGGCAGUAAAACAUGGGAAGUUGAUAAUACAGGAUAUAACUCAAACUUUGGAGGAGAAACAUGGAUAGCAGCUAACAAAGAUUUUCCAGCAGCUCCAUGGGUUCCAAAAUCAUCAAUUGCACAAUCGCAAGAUUCGACCAAAAAUACUCCAAACGAAAAUGAAAACAUCGAAAACCCUGUCCAAGCUUGGGGGACAGGGUAUGGCACAAAAACAUGGAAGGGAAAUGCUUGGGACAGUAAUGUUGUCUGGAAAACUGGAUUUGGCGGGGCACUACCUUGGACACCUGAUAACAGCAGCAAUGCUUGGCCAUUUGCAGAUCAACCCAGCAUCGAAAGUGAUUCUCGAACUGAUGCAAAAAAUGAACUUGUCUGGUCACAACCAGCAAUCAGCAAAGAUACUGAUGCUGAUUCCAAACUUAAACCAAUAGAACUUUCGAAUCAACGAGGAAAUGGAGUUAGAAUUAAAUGGCCUUCUAAACAGAAAGGUGGUCCAUACAGUCUAAAGAAAACUACACCAAGUCGUAGAACAGAAGAAGAAAGUUGGGGUGAUGAUAGUAGUGUUGGAGUUGUUUGGAAAGAUCAAAAAACAAGUACACCAUCAUCUGAUCUUUCAACGGCAAAUGCACCAGUUAAUAUCGAUAAUUCAAAAGGACAACAAUGGCAGAGUGGAGGGUGGAAAGUGAAGACAUUUGACGAAGAACCGAAAUUAACAACAUUUUCUUGGAAAAGUAAUAUUCCAAUCAAGACUAGUAACCUAAUUAGUGUUAAAUUAGAUUCAGCAGAUGAUACUGCACCAGUUCCUGAACCAGUUAGUUGGAAUCAAGGCCAAUGGCCAUCAGGUGAAAUAAACGGAUUCCCUUAUUGGGUAUUUGGAGGAUGCAAAAUUCAAUGUAGGUCAACGGAAAAUGACGCAAACGAUGAUACUGACAAUAAAGACACAAGAUCAGACACCGCUGAAGAUGAUACUUCUUCUGCACCAACAGAUGCACCACCAACAACAGUUUCAAAGGAAUGGCCAUCUCAGGAAACAAGUGGUAAAAGCUGGAGACCCCCUUCAAAAUCAUGGAAGCCUCCUCAUCCAAAACGCCAACCUCCUACUAAAUCUUGGAAGCCACCACCAACAAAAUCUUGGCAACCACCUCCUACAAAAUCAUGGAAGCCUCCCGUGGGACCAAAUAUACCAAUUAAGUUUCCCGUACCUCCUCCAAAUGCAUGGAAAAAUCCUUCUUCAAGUACCAGUUUGACUGAACCAACUCCAACACCCACUACACCUUGGACAGAAACUCCAACUCAACCCCCUACGAAUUGGAAUCCACCAGCUACUUUUCCACCAUCAAUGCAAUGGAAAAAUCCUGGUAUUAAGUCAGUUAAAAGCUGGAAACCACCUCCCACAAAGACUUGGAAACCACCAACCGGCUUAGGUAAGAGUUGGAAACCACCAAUCGCCACACCCAUUCCUGAUGCAUGGCCUUCUCCAUCAAAACCAGAUUGUAAGGAUACCACUCAGGCACCACCUUCAACACUGCAGCCAAAAAAGGAAGAUGAGAGCGGAGAGGAUGUACCUCCUAAAAUAAUUAUUAUCACCAAAUUACCAAAAAAUAAAGUAUUUCCUCCUACCUCAGAUGACAAAGAUACCGACGAUGAUUCUAAACCAAAACCAACUAACAAGCCAUGGAAGUUUCCAGCGAGAAAAUACAACCCAAAAAGCAGUAAAAAUAGAAGAGAUCGAUUUAUUACUCCAAAGGGGAAUAGUAAGAAAUUUCCUCUGCCGCCUGGAAAAUAUUUUAAGCCUGGGAGUACGAUCAAAGGCUGGCCUAAAGGCGUUCCGCCCCCGACAUUUGUUUGGCCUGUAAAUAAAUUGAAAAAGUUUCCCGGUAAAAAGCCAAGCUCUCUGGAUCAGUUCAAAAAAUAUAUGGAAGCAAAUCAGAAGAAAUCGAAAUCGAAGACAUGGAAGCAAAUGAUUAAGAAGUGGAUCAACGGUCGAUAAAAAAUAGUGUUCGUUAGAAUUGCAAAAGGACAAAAUGUACAGCAGAAGUGUAAAGUAAAUUUAUUUAUAUUGUUUUAAUAAAGUAUUUUCAUGUUGCAUUGCA